AUGCCUCAGUGUACAAUCAUUUAUCUAGUCUUACAGAAAGUCCUACAGAAGGUCCCACAGAAGGUCCCACAGAAAGUCCAACAGAAAGUCCAACAGAAGGUCCCACAGAAAGUCCAACAGAAGGUCCUACAGAAGGUUCUACAGAAAGUCCAACAGAAGGUCCUACAGAAAGUCCAACAGAAGGUCCUACAGAAAGUCCAACAGAAGGUCCUACAGAAGGUCCUACAGAAAGUCCAACAGAAGGUCCUACAGAAAGUCCAACAGAAGGUCCCACAGAAAGCCCUACAGAAAGUCCAACAGAAGGUCCCACAGGAAGUCCUACAGAAAGUCCAACAGAAGGUCCCACAGAAAGUCUUACAGAAAGUCCAACAGAAGGUCCCACAGAAAGUCCUACAGAAAGUCCAACAGAAGAUCCUACAGAAGGUUCUACAGAAUGUCCUACAGAAAGUCCAACAGAAGGUCCCACAGAAAGAGCUGUUAGCAUAA